ACGGUUCCCAAGUCUCCACCGGGCGACCUUCAUAGAGAAACCACAAAAUUUUUAAGUGCUCUAAGUGAAUUGUCAUUUGUCAAUUGACAAAGGGCUAAAACCAAUUUAAUUAAGCCCGAAAUUCGAGCCGUGGCUAAUGCAAUAAACUAAAGAAAUAAUAAUAAAGAAAUUCCCGAAGGCUGUGUGCGUGUGUGUGUGUGAGUGUGUGCGGGUGUAGCUGCAGCAAGCGCGUGCAACGUUUUCAGCUGCUGCUGUGCAUAAUUAUUUGGGUCAAAGCGAAAAGCUGCAGCCACAAACUUGACUGCACAAAAGUUCAAACAUCCUGCCUGGACUAAUCCACCUGUUAUGAGGCCACGCAGCAGCUUAUGCGACAAGCCAGCCGUUGCAGCAACAACAACAACAACAACAGCCUAGACUAAUUGGAUUUACAGACUUCGAGAAAAUGGAGGCCACUCAGCCCAAGGUGCAUCGACAGCACCAGCGACAACGGCGCACCGAGGCGCGUCAGCGGCGCUUGGAACGUGAGGCAGCCGCAGCGGCCGCAACGCCGCCCGAUCUGGAGCUGGAGGCAACGUCCGUGGUGGAGACGCUGGAAAGCUGUGCGGCGGCGCUCAACGAUGCAGCAUCGACGACAACAACAACAGCGGCAGCAACAGCAACAACUGCGGCGGGUCGCAUCAGUGCGCAGAGCUCGGCGGAUAGCAUUGAGAUGGUCGGCUCACCCAGUCAGACCUCACAGCAGACGGUGGUGCUGGUCAAUGGACAUGCCCCGCCCACGCAGGAUACGCAGGAGGAGAGCGUUUCCCUGGGCGCUGACGAGCCGCUUGGCGCAGCUGUCGCUGCGGCAGCCGCUGCAGAGGUCACGCACCUGGAAUCGCCCACGCAGCCAACAAAGCAAAGCGAUGGCAGCCGCAACUCGUCUGGUGAUGCAAUGAGUCUGCGGGAGACACUGCGCCAGCUGCCGGCUACGCACGGGCAUCGCUCGCGGCGCACACACUCGCCACAGUCUCCGGCGCUGCGCUCGCUGGAAGUCGACUCGUCCUUCCAUCGCGGCAUAUUGGGCUACAUAGAUCGCGAGCUGAAACAGUGUUCGCCGACUCCCUCGGCGCUGAGCAUGGGCGCGGGCAGCAGCGGAGCCGGUGGCGGAGGAGGCAGCGCUAGCGGUGGAGCCUCGCGCAAGCAGCAAUCGCUGUCAGAUCCUCAGGCCAGUCCCGCUCAACGUUCGCUGCGCUCAAGGAACAGCUUCGACAAGAGUCCACGCCGCAAGCGUAGCAAGUCAGAGUCACGCAGGAGGCGUGAGCGGAAGCUCAUAGCUGCCGGCGAGAUGGAGGUGCGCCAGGCUAAUGAAACCCUGAUGCGCUACCUGAAGCAGUGCUCCGAUAUGCAUGAUGCCUCGCUGUCGGGCGAACUGGAAAUUGAUCAGAGCCUCGAGGAGCGUCGGGUGCACCGCAAGACGAAAUCGCAGCGGGACAAGCGGGGCCAGCUCAUUAGCAAACUUUACUCAGCUGGUGGCCUAUCCUCCAUACUGAAGGAGCUGGCGGAUGACAUUGCGCCCGCCGAGGGCGAGGAGAUCUACAAUCCAUUCACUCCGGUCGUCUCGCCCACGGACGAUACGCCCGCGCACAUCGACAAAAUGUUCCUGCAGACGUCAUCGGGCUAUCGACCAGUGGAGCAGAGCUACUAUAAGCGUUCCUUUGUCGGCGCGUCGCGCAGCGCAGCUGGCACCAGCGGCAGCUGCAUGGGCAUCGAUGGCAUCUCGGCCGCAGAGCUGGGCGGCGCCGGACGUCUCUUUCGCUCCAACGGCGGCACAGCCAGCGGUCGUGGCAGCUAUGGUGAUUCGCGCUGUCUGCUCGAUGCCGACCUGAAUCGAAAUGGCAUCUCAAGCAAUAUUCAACUUGCCUGUGUUAUUCAACGAAUUUGGCUGCUCGUUUCAAACAUAUGCCAUGGGCUGCUAGCUGGUCUAGCCUUGGCCCAUCUGCUCUUCGUGCUGAGCAGCCAUCCCACGGAUUGGGCAAAGGUCAUCAAUAGCAUGAGUCUUGCGGGCGAGACGACGGCAACAACAGCAGCAUCGGCAAACGCAGCCACAACCACCCAAAUGCCAAGCUUGGGCAUAGAACUGAGCAAUGCUGCGAGGGGAGCGGACUCUGGAGCGGGCACAACUACAACUACGACGACGACGACGACGACGACGCCGACAACGGCAGCGGCGACAAAUGGAGAAGCCCUGGCACUGAUCAGCGAUUAUGCCGGAUUUGCGGAUAUAUAUCUAAAUACCUUUUACUGCUUGGCCAUUAUUUGUCUGGUUUCGGUGUUCGAUCGCAUGGACGUUUGUCGCUGGAGCUUCUCGAAUGCCAGCGAAUUAAUAUCUUUUCGCUGGCUUAUCAUCACAAUGCUCUAUAUUGCAACAAUAAUCCUAACCAUAUGCUCGGAUUCCAUUGACGAGAAACUCUAUCUGAUCAAUAACAAUGCAAAUAUAACGCUAACACAACAAGAGUUGCUAAGCAACAGUGUGCAGAGUGUUUGGAGUAGUCUCUCGGUGACGCGCAGCAUUGCUGCGAUAUCGGGCUGGAUUAUGAUCGGACUGACGCCCCAGGAGGAUAUGCUGUAUGAGCAUCUGGUUGAUCUAACCAAAUAUCAAUUGACAAAUAAUUGAAUUUAAGUACGAAACCAACAAAAAUUAAACUAUUGUAUAUAUUAAUAUAUAAUAUAUACAGUAUGUGUAGUGGAAAUCUUUAACUAACUAGUUGCAGUUGUUUAGUAAUUGGCUUUUUAUAUUGUUUAUAAUCGAAUAUCGACUAUUUAAAAACAAUAAUGCAUAGAGAUUGUAUAUCUAAAAUGAGAAAACGAAAGAGAAAAGAACUUAAGCUUUAAAAAAUGUGAAUAUUAAACAUCUGCAAUUGCAAUUGCGAUUGCAAUUGCGAUGAUGCCCUUCACUGGCCGCUAGAACAAAAGUUUAGUAUGUUAAGAAUACUCAAGUUGGUAGAAACGAUAGACACCACAUAACUUAUAUGAAAUACAUAUGUGUAUAUAAAGAGCUAGAUAUAUAUGUGCUUAUGCAUACUUAUACGGAUUAUAUAGAUAUGCGUAUGCAUACAUUUUAAUAUUUUAAGCAAACAUAUCGACUUUAGUGAAGAUAUUUAUUAAAUAUAUAUAAACGUUGUCAUCGUUGUGGCAGUUUAACAAAAGGCUUCUUAGUUGUACAUUCAAUUGAAAACUACAGUAGGUAUCGGUUAUAUGCAACAGAAAGCAAUAAAAACUAGCAAAUGGUUGAGCGGGUUUUUGUAUUUGUACAGUUCUCUUUAUAAUUUGCAAAUGUGAAACAUAGUAUAAUACAAAUUUGAACUGUUUACCAUAUUUCACAUUAUAAUCAAAUCAAAAACUAUGCGCCUUUUGUUAACACUUUCCGAAAAUGUAAAUUAAUGGAAUUCACGUUAAUAUCUCAAAAGUAUGUACAUAUUUUCCUAUAAGUUAAAUCCUAUAUAUUCUUCAUAAAUGUACUUAGUUCCGAUAAUAGCGAUAUCCACUGUAGUAAAUCAGAUUUGACAAAUGCAAAGAAAUUUGUAAGGCGUUAAUUACAUGCAUAAUACUUAUGUAUAUAGUAUAAGUAUACACAUAUAUAUAUAUAUAUGCGACAUAAAAACGAAUUGUAUAAAAGCGCAUAAAUUAUUUAUUCAUUAUAUAAAAUAUUGAAUUGCGUUAAAGAACAAAUACUUCUCUGUUGAUAUUCGGUUGUUUAAUUUUAUCAAAAGCAACACAGUUUGCGCUCUUCUUUUUUGUUGUUGUGCAAUACAAAAAUUGAAUAUAAUGUGAAACAAUUAUUAUAUACCUAAACAUAUGAAUAUAGAGAAAGGAAAUGAUAUUGGACAAACGAGCUAAUGAAACAAGCAGAGCAAACGACAACCCAGGCAAAACAAAUAUAUAUAUAUAUAUUGUAAAUUGUAUAUAAAAUAUAAAUGCAAAUAAAAAA